AUGGCCUGGAAAGGUAUUAUUGAUAAUAGAGAUCUUUUAAUCCAAGAUGAGAAUGUUAGUGAUUAUAUUGUUAAUGGCUGUUGGAAUGUUAAUAAACUUUAUGUUUUCCUUGAUCAUGAUACAGUUAAUUCUAUUUUAAGUAUUCCUCUUCCUGCUUUGGACUCUAGGGAUGCAUUUGUUUGGAGGCCGACCUCCAGCGGUAUUUUUUUCUCAGGGGAUGAGGACUUAAACGACUUUUUCUUCUCCUGCCCCUUUACUGCAAAUGUUUGGCGCUCUGCUGGCAUUACCAAUAUAGAUUUCCAAAACUUUGAAGAAUGGUUUCUUUCCUGGUUCAGGAAGGAUUACCAAAAGUCUACUACUGAAAAUCUUCUCCUUCUUUGCUGGAAAAUUUGGGAGGUGAGGAAUAAUCUCAUCUUCAGACAUUCUCCCUCUCUUCCUAACAUGGUGGUUCAUGCUGCGGCAUCCAUUGGUGAGAAUUACAGAAGGAAUAACCCUUGCCUUUUCAAAGGUCCUGCUUCUACCUCUCAAGUUAUUCGCUGGCUUCCUCCUUCUGCUGGCUUCGCCAAGCUCAAUUUCGCUGGUUCUGUUGUCAACAAUAAGAAAGCAGCUGCUGGUUUUGUUAUCAGGGAUCAUGAUGGUUCUCCCCUUUUUGCUGGUGCGAGAGCUAUUGGUCAUGCUUCUGUCCCCAUUGCUGAAGGAAGUGUUGUUCGUGAUGGUCUUUAUCAUGCCCUCCUCCUUAACUGUCGAAGGUGA